AUGGCUGUUUCUGUUGAUGACAACAAAUUGAGAAUAUUCAAGCUAUCGUAUAACCUUAUCACUCAUGUCUUAAUUGGUAUCAUCAUCACCAUUACAUCACUGUUUGUGUUCACUAAUGGGAUUCCACUACAGGGGAUGAAUCUGCACAUUCUACUUUGCACUGUUGGGUAUCAACUUCUGAUGGCCGAAGGUUUCCUCUGUCUAGUUCCAGAGAACUCUUGGACCCUGACAAUCAGUCUGGUGAACAAAAGGCGCAUACAUUGGAUCCUACAGGUUAUGGGUUCGAGUCUGGCGAUAGCAGGCAGUUAUAUAAUUAUGGAGCUUAAAGAAGCUCAUUGGGAGACUUUACAUGGAAGUUAUGGAUUGGUAGCACUGAUCUGUACGAUAAUCUCAUUGGUAAACGGUCUAACAUCUCUCUACGCAUACGAGCUGAGUAAAUAUAUCAGAAUACCGCCGAAUUUAUCUAAAGUACCACACAUUUUGAUUGGAGUCAUUGCAUUUGUCACAUCCUCUAUAUCGCUGUGCUACGGCUACGAUAUGUACUUCUUCAGAAACUGGUUGACUCCUCGUUUAGGGACUAUAUCCAUUGUCUUCACUGCUACGUUCACUUCUAUCAUUAUAAUCAAUCCUAUGACCUUAGCUAUUAAUAAAAUUAUUAAUAUAUUUAAAAAAUAA